AUGACAACUAAUCCAUCUGAAUUCGAUACGAGUAGUAGCGCGCAACAUUCUGUUCCUCUGGGGACUGACUCUGGAAAUUCGGAAGUUCCAGGACUGAGCACCCGCCAACAUCUCGACCUACUGGUUGGAAUGAUCACCGAUGAGUGGAAGAAGACCAUGAGAAAACGGAAAAACACGUCCAAUGACACGGGCAUCACACUUGACACCGACGAGCUGGUUGUCUACAACCCCGAGGAGGACUGUGUGGUCACGUUUCGCGUGGACAAGAUGCCUGAGACGAUACGCCAAAAGGUCGACUGUCUUGAACGCAUGCAGCACAUCGGUCUUGGCUACCUUAAGGCACUUGUGAAGCUGCUCAAGGAGGAACUCGAGAAAUUCUUGUUUGCUAAGAGCUUAGACGAGAGCACUGACGGGGAAGAGACUAGCUUCAUUGACAUGCUCGCCCAGCUUGCCAGGCAUCGGCUCGAGGUAGAAUACGCCGAGCAAAAAGAGUCGGGAUCUGAUCUAAAGGUUGUUUUCCUCGAUGGAUCGGGUCAACUCAAGAAAGAAUACCGUUUUCUCGGCCAUGACACAGACUUUUCAUCCUUCCUCGUCCUAAUGGAGGAUUAUCCCUCUUCUUACGACCAUAAUGUCGAUUGGGCAAAAACCAUGUUCGAGCAUAAAAUACGAGACCUAAAAAAGAUGGGAUGCGAUGGCCAUCCCAGCCUCGUCAAGAUCGAACAGCUCAUUGCCGCGCACAACGCCACGAACUACGACGCCAAUCCCAAAUGGAUGUACUAUACAAGUAACGAACGGAUCUACAACCUCAAGGUGAUUGAGGACGAAAGCGUCUUCAAGAAAAUUGUAGAGAUUGUCAGAGAUCCUGCAAAGGAGAAUCGGCUGGCAUGCAUGAUCAGGGUUGUGGACAAGGAUUUGAUCAAAAUUUGCGGUGAGCUAAGAGCCCUCGAGAAUCAGCAGAAGGAUGGCGUUCACCCCAGCGACCAAGCGGCUUUGCAGCAUACCCAGGACGAGCGGAGUGACCUACGAAGCGAUGGCGAAUAUGCGUCCGAGGGAGACAAACCUGUUGUUGGCGACAUUUCAUUCGACUUUUCCGCGAACACUCUCGGUGUUGGGGUCUUCUGGGUGGAAACUAGCGAUGAUGAUGAUGGAGCCCCUGCGGAGCUAUGA